AUGGUGCGUCCCGCUUCUCAGUUUUGGGAGCACGUCAUUAAGAUUAAGGAUGACGAAGGCAACGUAGUCGGUGCUACCUGCAUUCAUUGCAAGAAUCCUGUGACGGCUAACGCGACUAGGAUAGGCGAGCACAUGUUCGGCACUAACAAGAGGGACAAGAACGUCGCGACGUGCAAGUCGGACUACGCUAAGCAGCUGCGGGCGACAUCCGAUCAGGAGCGCUCGACCACGGGGAAUGCUAUGGGAGGAUCAAACCGUGCCUCCACGUCCACGGUGGAGGCGCCGCUCGUGCGUCGCUCCCGGCAGCGAGAUAUCCGUGAUAUGACGGACCAAGUUGCGCAUAAUUGCCUUGAUUACCUGUGGGCUGCUGCGGUGGCCGAGAACGACCUCGCCUUCAACGCCAGCAAGUCGAAAUCGAUCCAGGCGUUCGUUGACGCGGCGUUCAUGUACGCGAAACCGUACACCCUCCCAACCCCGUACAAGGUAUCCGACCCGCUGCUGGAUAAGCUGAAGGCGGAUUCCGAGGACCUGCUGCGGCCGCUGAAGGAGAGCUGGAAGACCAGCGGGUGCUUGCUCUCCAUCGAUGGAUGGACAGACAUCAAAUCCCGCGGUUUUGUGUGUGUCAUCGCGCAAAAUGACACUGCACCCGUCAUCGUCGACAUCGUCGACUCGAAGUCCGCCAAAAAAACUGGGGACUACUUGGCAACGCUUAUUCAGGGAGCGAUCAUCACUGUGGGGCCGAAGCAUGUCGUCCAAGUCGUGAUGGAUAACGCUUCGAACAACAAAAACGCCGCCAGCAAGCUAAGCGCGGAUUAUCCCCAUAUCUUCUUCACCAACUGCGCCGCCCACUGCCUCGACCUCAUGCUGCACGACAUCGGCAAGAUCCCUGCGGUCAUCAUGCUCGGCAGGUUCCUUGAGGUGAAGCGCGCGUUGAGGGCGAUGGUAAUCAACGAGGAAUGGGAGGAUGUAGCGGUGGCAAAGACGGAGGAGGGGAUGGAGGUUAGGAAGCUGCUUUUGGACGACGUUUUUUGGGACUGUGGGACGGCCGUGCACCGCCUCAUGACUCCCAUCUACGAGGUUCUUCGCGCCGUCGACACACGGGCUCAAGUCAUGGGGCAGCUGUACGGCCUCAUGCUUGAAGCCACGGUGAAGACUAACGCGGCGGCUGAGACGGCUGGAGGUGUGCACAACCCCUUGCACGCCAUCGGUUGGCUCCUCAACCCCCGUAACCAGUACAUUGGGGAGGUAAGGAAUGACAAGGAGAUUAGGAAGGGGGUGGAUGAGGUAAUCCAGGCCCGGGGCGGGGAUGUGCAGCAGCGCAUAACGCUAGCUGCACAGGUGGUUCAGUUUCACCGAGGGGAGGGCAGGUUGGGCUCUGACGAUGCCCGUUGGGCAGCAACUACCUUGGUGGAGGCGGGGCGCAUGACGGAGGCGGAAUGGUGGUUCCUGUUUGGUGGGGAGGUGCAGGCGCUCCAAGACCUGGCUGUGACGUCUCUGUCACAGCCAGUCACCUCCUCCGAGGUGGAAAGGUACUGGUCGGCGCUGGCACGUGUGCAGAGGCGCGACCGGAACCGCCUCACGGCGAAGAAGAUGACUGGCAUCACCUUCGUCGCCUUCACACGGCGGGCCCGUGAUGCCUUUGAUCGAAAGGCAGCCCUGCGUUCCAAGCUCUACCAGGACCUGGGCAACGGCACCCUCAGGGAAGGGGCUGCCAUCAUCCCGGCCGAAGUGGAGGUGGAGGAAGGGAAUGCGGAGGAGGAGGCACCCGUGGAGGAGGAAUGCACCAUUGAUUGGUCGGAAUUUGGGAGCAUCGGCAAGAAGAGGAAAGGGAAGGCGGGUAAGUCAUCUAAAGGGAAGAAGGGGAAGGGCAACGGUGCAUGCAAGGGAAAUGGGAGGGGAAAAGCAGGGGAUGCGGAGGAGGAAGAGGAGGCGGAAGAGAGCGGUGGGGAGGAGGAAGAGCCUGCCCUGAAUUCCAAGGGGCGAUAUGCCUGGGAUUGCAGCGACGGUUCAAGUGGGGAAGAGGAGGAGGAAGAGGAUGACGAGGAGUAUGAUGGUUAG